AGGCUCACUAUCUAUACAGAGAGUGAGCCGGCUGGCCAGUGCUGGAGCACCGGUCUAUCGAUCUCUGCCGACACCCGAUGAGAUGAGAUGACGAGGCGCUGCGCGGCGGCUGCUCUGCUGCUGGCCGUGGCCGCCUCCGCCGCACUAUUGGUCUGCUCCUCGGCGCCCGGAGUCCCCGCGGUGUACGUGUUCGGCGACUCGCUCGUCGACGUCGGCAACAACGCCUUCCUGUCGCCGCCGGCGCCCAGGGCGGCCUUCCCCUGCGGCCUCGACCUGCCCCCCGGCGGGCGGAGCACCGGCGGCCGGUUCACCAAUGGAUACAACCUCGCCGACAUCGUCGCACAACGCAUGGGCUUCAACAUGAGUCCGCCAGCUUACCUCUCGUUGACACCGCAAACAAGCCUCAACCUCUUGAGAGGACAAGUCGGUGCCAACUAUGCUUCUGGUGGAUCGGGCAUCCUCAACAUCACUGGAAACGGGACAAUCACCCUUCAAGAACAGGUCCAGCUAUUCGUGAACACCAAGGCAAGCAUGAUCGACAGUGGCAAGCUGGGCAACGAUAUGGCGAACCGUUUGCUCUCCCGUUCGCUCUUCCUUGUUAGCACCGGCGGCAAUGACUUCGCGGCCUUCACCGAAGGGAGGGUAACCAUAGCCGAGGCACCGGCCUAUAUCGCCUCCAUGGUCUCCACUUACAUCAAGCACAUCAAGGCGUUGUACAAGCUGGGAGCACGAAGGUUAGGGAUUCUUGACGUGCUACCCGUAGGGUGCGUGCCGAGCACCAGGACUUGGAGCAGUGACGGUGUGUGCGACGCCCCCGCAAACUCUCUAGCACGGGGGUUCAACACCCUGCUCCGGGCCGAGAUGGCCAACGCUGCAGCAGCCGCCAUGCCGGACCUCAUAUACUCAAUCGCCAGCAUCUACAACAUCUUCUACGACAUGAUCAACAACCCACAGCUGGACGGAUUGGAGGAGGUUGCGAGCGCGUGCUGCGGAGGAGGAAGGCUCAAUGCGGAGGACGAUUGUUCGGCGAGAUCGAACCUCUGCGCUGACCGUGACCGCUAUGUGUUUUGGGACAAGGUGCACGGAACGCAGGCUGCCUACAAAAGAGCCGUUGCUGCUAUGUUCGACGGCGUGGGGGCAGGAAGGUACACGGAGCCCAUCAGCUUCGAGCAGCUGGUCGGAAACCAAGUGCUGCUGAUGCAGGGUCCUAUGGUCGAUCUGGAGCUUCAGUCCGUGGAAUGAGCGGCUGGGAUCUAACCCCAAGGGGCAUCGAAAACGAUGUAAAUUAAAAACACAGUGUAAAUUAAAAACUUCCUUUGCAAAUGUUGUAAUUGUGGUUGUUUCAUGAGUGUUAAACCACAAGCCAGCUUCAAUCUUCUGGCUCUUUGCUCCGGGUAUUACAGUUGCAGCAAGGACAACAAAUUCAACCGUUUGAUACGCAA